AUGGCUGGAGGAUUUGAAAAAUCAGUAAAAGGGGCCACAAAGCUCAAGCUUGCUGCCCCUAAAUCCAAAUACAUCGAACACAUUCUUGUGGCAACCCAUACCGGCGAGGCGGGAGUGGCAGAGGUAUUCCGAACACUCCAACUGCGACUUCGAGACUCGGCAUGGACCAUUGUAUUCAAGGCGCUCAUCGUCCUUCAUCUUAUGAUUCGGGAGGGUCAACUGGACGCUGCGCUAGGAUACUUGUCUGACAAUCCGAAGAAAAUCGCGCCUAGUAAUUUCUCAGAAGCGCAAUCACAGGGACAUAAUAUCCGACGGUAUGCCGAGUAUCUUAUCACACGCGCCAAAGCGUUCGAGGCCUCGAAGACGGACCAUGUGCGAAGCGGACCUGGACGGUUGAAGAGGAUAGGUGUGGAAAAAGGUCUCCUGAGAGAGACGGAAAUUGUUCAGAAGCAGAUCCGCGUGUUGCUACGGUGUGAUCUUUUGACGGAUGAACCCGAGAACGAAAUUAGCUUGACAGCAUUCCGCCUCCUCACACUCGAUCUAUUGACGCUAUACUCGGUCAUGAACGAGGGCACAAUUAAUGUUUUGGAACAUUAUUUUGAAAUGUCGCGGCCGGAUAGUAUCCGCGCCCUGGCAAUAUACAAGACGUUCACGAAGCAAACAGAGGAAGUGGUCCAGUUUUUGGGGGUGGCAAGACAUUUCCAAUCCGCGACCCGUUUAGAGAUCCCAAAGCUCAAGCAUGCCUCCACCGACCUGGCGCGGCUUUUAGAGGACGACCUCAAUGAUCCUGAUUUCGACCUCCGCCGACGGGAAUACUUGGCUAAAAAGGGUGUUCGCGUUCCGCCAAAUAUGGAAGCCAGUGCGACUGCCGACACCGCAAAACCGACAUCAACGCCAAAUCCCCCGAUGUCGAUAUCUACCAAGCAACAAGAACAAGCCAAACCGGCCCCCGUGGACUUGAUUGACUUCUUUGACUCUAUUGAGCAGAAUCAGCAGCCGAUGGGACAACAAACCUCAAUGCAGUAUCAGCAAACAGGGUUUCAACAACAGCCGCAGCAACUGGUCUAUGCCCAGCAGACUGGCAUCCAGCAGCAACCUCAGGCAACCGCGUACGGGCAGCCGACGCAAUAUGGCGCGCCUUACCAAGCACAGGGCCCUAACAACCCAUUCGGAGGACAGCAGCAGCAGCCGCAACCGCAACCACCCCAGCCGCUUCAAGCUAUGCCAACCGGCGCUGGGUUUGGUGGAUACACAGCGCAGCCACAGCAGUAUGGCUUCCAGUCACAAUUGGCUCCUAUUCCACAGGAAGGCGUUGCCUCUUUCACUCAACAGCAGCAGCAGGCGCCCCAACCCUUGCAGCCUCAGCACACCAAUCCAUUCCGUCAGUCAAUGAUGACCAACUCGUCCACGGGCGGUCCCCCACCUGCCGCCCCUCUUUCUCGGCAGAACACAAACCCAUUCGCCAAACGACUUUCUACCGCAAACCCUCAAUAUAACCCCGCCCCAAAUGAGCAAUUCCACCCUCCUCUACCCCCGCAAGCGCAAGCCCCUCAACCACAAGCGCAGCCAAUUCAACCUCAACGGACAGGGACCAAUCCUUUCGUACGUAGCUCGCCUGCUCCACAUCAACCAGCAGCAGCCCCCUUGCGCCCUAACCCGACUGGCAGCACCAAUCCUUUCCGUCAGAGCCAAUUUAUCAAUCAGCAGACGGGACAGGGCUGGCAAAACAGUGGACAAACCGGUACUAUGGGCGGGCUAGAACAUCUGGAGACGGUGCCGAUCUUCCCACGCCCCGGGAUGACCUAA